AUGAGCUUUUGUACCUACUGCAACCAGAACGUAUACACAAACACCUCCACUUGUCCCAAGUGCUAUAGAACCAUUCAGUCCACUUCUACCACUACCACGACCAGCAACAAGAAGACAACGGAGGCAUCGUCCUCCUUGCUAGCUAAAGCCGCCAUGUUUCCUAGCCAGAGAAGACUGAGCCAAGCAAACACGGACAAAUGGCAAGACACCUAUGGCAAAAAGGCCAUCUUCAACGGCGGUGCUGGUCUCGGAUCCACUUCCACUCCCAUCAGAACCAGACAACAAAGAGCAAUGCCUCAAUUUGAUUUGCAACAACCCAAAGAUAACAGCAACAUGAAAUCCUGCGCCCAGUGCCAGAGAAAGCAGAAUUCAUGGACUGAUCUCAACAACUUUUCCAUCUACAAUUCGGCCUACUACUGCAAGCCCUGCUUGACCGAGAAAUUAGCUUGUCCUGGCUGUAGCAAGCCUGUCGAUCGCACGGAUAUUCAAACUCUGUUCAAUAAUCAAACCUGGCACAGCUGCUGCUUUCAAUGCAGCCACUGCAAAUCACCAUUGAAGUCCAUGCUGGCAUCGAUUGAUUCACAAGGCAAGCCAUCUUGUCGCACAUGCCAACUCAAAGAUCAAAUGCAAGUCAAUCAGUCACCCAAACCUGGCACGCCCAGUAUCUCUACGCCUGUGCUCUCCUCCUUGGCUUCCUCCUCCUCUCGAUCCUCUGCUGUCACUAACACAGUUCCAAGCACCAGCACCAGCACAGAGAACCCCUAUUUUAGAUAUCAGAGAACCAGAAGAUCCUCCAUGUUUAAUUCUACAAAUGCUUUGGCUGAAGAAGCCAUGAAAUCCCGUAGUGUGAGUCCCACAUCUCCCUCUGUCUCUACUGCAUCAUACGCUAGCAUGGAUAGCAUUGUGUCCACGCAAGCCGCUGCCUUUGUUGAGCCCACCAAGACAUCCAGCACGGCAUCCACUCCUCGUAGAAGAAGAGUGGUCAAGAAGCCAUGCAAAGAGUGUGGCCAACAUGUCUCCAAGAAGGAUUACCGUGGUCUUCGCAUCCACACUGGGGAAGUGCUCUGUUUUCAUACUUACUGUCUCUUUUGUGCCAAAUGUCAUCAGACAUUCAAUGGCUUGGAGUUUUGUACAGAUGGCAAGAACUUUUAUCACAUUGAAUGUCCAUCGGCCACUGCUGCUGCUGCUGGUGCUGCUGCUGAUUUAACAAGCAUGUCUUCUUCUCCGGUCUCUGCUGUUGGAUCCAGGCAAGGCACGCCUCACAGCGAAGAAGACGAAGCCUAUCCUCGCACACCACCACCUCACAAUGCCUAUUUCGACAUUGUCUCUUCUUCUCCUACCGAUACAUCGUUUCCUGCCCCAACUACAAAUGAGCUACAGAAAAAGCAGGAUGUUGUGAUUGCUCCUGAGCCCACCAUGGUCAUGUGUAGCACAUGCUCCAAGCCAGUGACCAAUACAUGUUUGGAGCUCUCCAAUAACUUUUACCAUAAAGAGUGUCUCUUAUGUGCUGGAUGCAACAAGACGGUGCCCACAGAUCGCAAGCUCAUCAAGCAUCAAGACAAGCUUUACUGUGACCAUUGUACACCCACUACCACCAAACCAAUGUCUGCUGCCACUACUACAAAGAGAGCUGUCAAGUCUGACCUAAAAAUCAACACAGAUACGGAUAAUAGCAAGGGAGCUGCUCCCCGUAGAAACUCUACAAUUACCACACCCAGCGAUAUUUUCAAAUCAAGAAAGAAGGUGCUGCCUCGCUUGGGUGGUGUGCGUACAUGUGCUCGUUGCAAUGAAAGCAUGCCAUUUUCAGACACUCAACCUGGACCCAAUGCUAGUCGAUGGCACAAGAAAUGCUUGCGCUGCACUGGCUGCAAGAAGCAAAUGGACUCGGAUGCCCAUAUGACAGUGAACAAGGAAACUGGUUUAUGCUUGGUCUAUUGUCGAGACUGUUUGGAUGAGACUCCCAAACCAAGAUUUGUUCGUUAA